CCAUAAUAAUGGUGGCAGAGGAGGUAAUAAUAACACUGUCCGGCGGAGCUCCGUGGGGCUUUCGCCUCCAGGGAGGUGUGGAGCAUCAGAAACCCCUCCAGGUGGCCAAGGUGCGUAAGCGCAGUAAGGCAUGUAGGGCUGGACUCAGGGAAGCUGAUGAGCUGGUGUCCAUCAACGACCAGCCAUGUGAAACUCUGUCCCAUGCCCAGGCCAUGAACCUCAUCGACAGCUCCCCAGGAAUACUUCACAUCCGAGUCAAAAGAGCACCUGUUGGCUUUCAGUCUGUGGUGCUCCUGACCCGUGCCCCAUCACCCCGCAUUGACAAAGAGUACCGUGCUGUCCUGCGAGCCAUGUCCCCCUCCCAUCCACACCACACGACAGUCCGAGAGAUCCACCGAAGCCGCUCCUCCCUGGCCAGUGGCCUGACAUCUCCUCCAGGCAGUGAGGCUUACUAUGGUGAGACCGACAGUGAUGCUGAUGUGGCAGCUUAUGAGAGGCAGCGUCGCCAGAAACGCCGCAGCCCCAGCAACACUGCCCCUGGAAAACCGUCCGGACGUGCCUCGCCAGAAGGAGGGGAAACCUCGGAGAUGAGCGGCUAUGACAGUGCUCCGGAUGCACACAUCUGCCCCAAAUUGUUGGAGGGGCAUAUGGGCACAGGAGGAGGAGGAGGACGAGGAACAGAAGGAGAGGGACUGCCAGGAGUGGCUCGAAAGGAAGUGAUCUACCAGCCUCCUGCACCAGGGAUGUGGUCCUCCCAGACAUCCACUGAAACCUCCUCUAUCAUCUCCUCGACAGAUGACCAAGGGCCACGUGAUGGAGCGCCAGAGGAGGACAGUGGCUUCUUAGAGCCAGCCAAUGUGCCGCUGGUGUCCCCUGAGAGGGCCAAGGGAGCAUUGUUGCUGGGCUCUCGCAGCCAGCUAGUACCGAUGGUUGGGCCUUUGGACAAACCCAUCGAUGAGGAACUCACUACAACCUACAUGGAGAAGGCCAAACAAGCCAAACUAAACCGAGGGGAAACCCUGCAAGACAAGCAUGUGAAGGAAGCCAAAACCAAGUGUCGUACAAUUGCAUCCCUGCUGACUGAUGCACCUAACCCUCACUCCAAGGGCGUGCUGAUGUUCAAGAAGCGCCGGCAACGCUCCAAAAAGUACACCCUUACCAGCUUUGGUAGUGUCGAUGAGGAUGUGUGUCGUGACUCACAGGAGGAGGACGGGGUAUUCCCGGGCAGCGAGUCGGAAUUCGAUGAGGAUGGCUUCUCGGCACUCCCAGACCCAACAUGGGACAGUGACUACUUAGAUAUGUUGGAGAAGAGGGCGGCUGCAGGCCUUGGGGGUCGCGGGGAUGGGGCAGAAGAUGCUCCCAGUCCAGGGCUGAGUGACACAGCAGGCAAAGGUGCCCAGUUGUUUGAACAGCAGAGGAAGAGGGCAGCUGAGCAUGCCAAGAAAGUAGAAGCGGCACAGCCUCAGGCACCAACUCACACUCAGAGCCUGGAUCAAACGCCAAUAUAUCAACAGAGCCAGAUGCAGCCACAGACACAGGCACAGAUGCAACUUAACACCCAUCCUCAGCAGAUAAUACCAAAGUCUGCUUCCUCACAGCAAGGGGUCCAGCAAAUGGCUCCUCAGAUUCCAGUCCAAGCCCCGGUUAAUGCUCCUGCCCACAACAUGGCAAAUGGGGAUGUACCCUCCUGUGCAGUUCGCAUGGAGAUGUCACCUCCAGCUGUGGCACCCAAACCCACCACUGCCUCAGUGACAAUCCUGGCCAGUCCCCCACAGCCAGCUGAAACCCCAUUACCAGAAUUAUCAUCCAGCAAUGUUCUCAACCGAACCGCACGUCCCUUUGCACCUGGGUUUAUCACCAGCCGGGCUGCUACUGCUCCUGUGGCGUUCCGUCCAACCAUAACGAAGAAGGCCCAGCGCCCUGCCUCAGCAGCAGUGAUUACCCCACCUUUCACCACUUCCUCAGAGCUGGCUGGUACUGUUGCACCGGUAAUUUCCCAGUCAUCAACUGGUCCUCCAUCAAUGUUCCUAUCACCCACAACUCUACCCGAAGGUCCCGUUUUCCCCAUGCUCGCACCACCAGUUCCUCCUCUCCCAUCAGGUGUCUCUACCCCUGUGGAGAACAUGCAGGCCACCUAUCAAUCAAUUACUAUUACUACUCCUCAGGCUCAAUUUACAACUGUGCCCACAGUACCAGUGCCCACAGCUUCAUGUACACCAAUUGCUCCAGCCCCUGUUGCCCCAGUGCCCCAAGCUCUGGUCUCAACUGGUUCGGUUCCACAUGUCUCAACUGUCACAAUGCCCCCGGUUCAGUUGACGGUGCCCCUGUCAGUCCCAGAUCAAGUCUCAAUGGCCCCUGUAGCUCCAGUGUCUGUGGUCUCCCAGCCAAAUACCAUAGCUCCCACUCCUGUUCCUGGUACAGCAAGCCGCACUGGCAUCUUAGUUGAGGCUCGUCGGCGUAGCGGAAAAUCCAGACCUAUGUUCAAUGUGCCUGAUGUCAAGAAGAACUCUCCCAAUCCUGAGCUGUUGACCAUGGUGCAAAACCUGGAUGACAGACCUGUACGACACAGAUAUGGCUAUCCACCCUCUGAGUCCUACAAUGGUGCAGCGGAAGACACCAGUGAUGAGGCCGGACGGGGCAGGAUGCCUCCCCCAGUGGCACCGAAGCCACGAGUCAUCCAUGAAACUCCCCAGAUUCCCCAAGCAGAGGGCAAGGGAGCCCAGCUGUUUGCCCGCAGGCAGAGCCGCAUGGGCAUGUACGUGGUGGACACCCCACCUGAGACCCCAUACCAGCAGGAGGUGUCUUCAUACCCUUCGGCCCAACACCGUGAUCUCUCUCCAAACCCCUCCCUCCCCUCUCAAUGGAAGUAUUCCCCCAACAUCAGGGCCCCCCCACCCAUUGGAUACAACCCACUCCUGGCCCCCUCUGUCCCAGUGGGGCCCCAGAGAGGUUUGGGCUUGGCUGACGGUAGGGGCAGAGGAGGCAUGGCCACUCAGAAGGAGGGUAUCAAAGCACUGGAUUUCAUGAGAAGGCAGCCCUACCAGCUCAACUCCGCCAUGUUUAGUUAUGGGGGCAAUACCGCCAAUAUGUCAGCCAUACCCUCUUACCAGGCCCAAAGGCAGCAGCAGCAGCAGGGUGGCCACACAACAAUGGUGGGAAGCUCACUAACCUCACCCAGGCAGAUCCCUGUCAAGGCUGCCCGUGUGUAUGAGAUCAAACGCUUCUCAACGCCUACACCCAUGUCUGCCCCAACUCUGACACCCAAAGUGAUCUCGCCACGCUCCGCAACCACUCUGGGAGAGCGACUAACACGCUCUGACAUGAUCUCUCCGCCACUGGCUCCUCUCACUCCACUUCCUGCCCCCACCCUGGGCCCUGCUAUUGCUCUUGCACCAACCUUCAUCCCAGCUCCAGGACUCGCCAAAGCUUCAGCGCCUUCCCAACAAGCUGGCCUUCCCAGUCUCCCAAAGAUCUCUGCCACCCCUAUACCCAACCUUGUGCCCAAUGCACUUCCCACACCUUACACUCCAACGUCCUACACCACUGGGCUUCAGGGAGCCAAGCAGUUUCAGAGUGCCCCUGAGCUGAGUCUCCUCUCCUCUUUGCCUCCACUGAGGCCCAAUCCUGUUCAGGUGCCCAAGCCGCGUUUUGUUGCCACCAAGGUGGGCGUCCAACCCCACAUCUGGAGACCAGGAGCUUUGUGA